AUGGUGGAAUACAUACAGCUCCUUCCCCGGGUAGACUGUACCUUUCUCCGCCGGCUGGCAGCCAAGUCCGAACAUUGGGCUGAAAUGGCAAAAUGGCUCGAAGCCCACGUCUUGAGAAAAAUGGAGCGCUGGACCACGAUGGCGCGACAGGGCGACGUCAUGUAUUGCCAUUCGGAUUUGCACCAAAGCCUUACAAGUCGUCUCAGGCGGUUUGAGCGGAAAUUCUCCGUCCCUUUGCAAUGGAUCUUCGUUAAUGAAAACUACGUAAUCCAAAGGAGCUUCCUGCGCCUCCCCGAAGACAUGCACGGCUCCGCCUCCGGCUACGGCCACCUGACCUGGGCUACCGGCUUUUCCGAAAUCUUCUCUGGUCGGAUGGGCGGAUGCGAAGAAUGCAUCGGGGGCAACGUUCAUCCAUGUCAGUCAUUAGUGACGCGCGCUUACCUCGAAAUCAUGGAUUUCCCUGGCUUGGGCGUCGGAAUCAUGUUGAAUUGGAUGAAGUUCUCGAAGCCUCAACUGAUCAGGAUUUCUACUUGCAUGGCCAUGGUCACUUUGGCCGUCAUAUUUGGCAGGCUUGACUUGCCCGAAAUUUCGAACUACGUGUUGGACGUGCUGCAUGUAUGGACAACAUACCUCGACUACAACUGGCCCGUGUUCUGA